AUGACAAGGGUUCUGGAUGACCACCUGAGAGGUUGCACAUUUGGACAGCUGCUGAGCAAUGGUGGUGAUAUUCAUAUCACACUUAAUGGGAACUUUCACCAUCAUCAUUGGCACUCAGCCAGUAGUUGUCCUGCAUUUUAUGACCCCACAUAUUUCAUUCCCAAGGUUCAAGCCAACAAUUGGCCACUAAGACAACAGCAUGUUGAAGUUCCUGACAAAGCAAUUGAUCAAUGUGAAGCAUCAUAUGAAGAAGCUGAUGGCAACAAGCAGAAGGCCACAUUGGGCUGCUUUGACAACCCUGGAAUUAUGGCAUUGAUAUGCCAUCACGACAUCCCUCUCUUCUUUGCAAAUAUUGACAUGCCUGGUGAGCAACAGAAGUAUAGCAUUGCCCUUCUUGAACACCUCUUCUCCCACUUGCCAGUCACUGCAACUGUGAUUGCAUUGUAUGAUAUUGGUUGCAUUCUCACAUGUUCUUUAGACAAGUUUGAAAUCCUCAAUAAUGAAAUUGUUUGUCACAUCUGCUUUGCAACAACUGCAAUGCAUGCCUAUGGCCACAAAUGGGCAUGCCAGCUCAUUUAUAACCCCCACAUUACUACAGGACUUGAUGCUGACUGA